CGGUGACAUACAACCAUACAAGAGCAAGGUUAAGAAGCGGAUUGAUUCUUUUAGAUCUGUUUAUUCCAGUUAUUCCGUUUUUGUGAUCUUAAUAUCAGAUUUGAAAAUUUUUGUGACAUCAGAGUCACUCAGAGUUAUCAAUCAGUGAGUUACGGAGUUGUCAGCAAGGUCGUGGAGGGGACAAGCUUAUAUUUUCCGUAUCAGACACCGGAAUUUCCUAUUUCACCUUCAGUUAUUUGUGGAAAAUAGCCAAAAAUGCAAUUUAAAAAAGUGACACACGUUAUUUUCGACUUGGAUGGAACCUUAAUAGAGUCUGAAUCCAUUUAUGAAAAAAUUAUUGAUGAUAUUGCCAAACUAUAUGGUAAAAGAUAUACCGAAGAAUGUCAACAUAAAGUGUUAGGUACCCGUGAACCAGACACAGCCAAAAUAGUUGUGCAAGAAUUAGGAUUACCUAUUACUCCCGAGGAAUUUCUGGUAUUAUUCAGGAAAAACCAAGAAACAGAACUUGCACAGACAGAGAUGUUACCUGGUGCUAAAGAACUUGUUACACACCUCCACAAGAAAGGUAUACCCAUUGCUGUCGCUACAUCAGCAUCCGAAAAAGCGACGCAAAUAAAAAGUAAAAACCAUCAAGAUGUUUUUAAAUUGUUCCAUCACAUCGUAUGCGGUAGCUCGGAUCCGGCAGUUAAAAAUGGAAAACCAGCACCAGAUAUAUUUUUAGUAUGUGCUUCCAGAUUUUCAGAUAAUCCUAAUCCUUCCGAUUGUCUCGUUUUUGAAGAUGCCCCGAGUGGGAUCCGAGGAGCCCUCAGUGCAGGUAUGCAAGCUGUGAUGGUACCAGAGCCCCAUAUUUCCGAGGAACUCAGAAAACCUGCUACUCUCGUUUUGGAUUCUCUUACGCAGUUCAAGCCAGAACUAUUCGGUUUACCAGCCAUGGAAUGAGCAAGAACUUGGAAAACCUGCUAGUAUAGUCUUCUAGGAUUCAGAAGUUAAACAUGUUCGGUGUACCUGCCACAUAAUGAACGAAUAUUUUUUUACCAGUGUUAAUGGAAAUAUUUAUUUAUUUAUUAAUAUAUAUUUUGUUUAAUAAAGAGCAUAAUUCAAUGUGA